AUGGCGGAGCUGGACAAGCUCGCGAUCCGCGGGGUGCGUGCGUUUGACCCCAAAUCGAUCAAUAUUAUCCAGUUUUUCAAGCCACUUACCGUAAUUGUCGGGCAUAAUGGGAGCGGAAAAACGACCAUUGUUGAGUGCCUCAAGUACGCGGCGACGGGCGACUUGCCGCCAAACACAAAAGGCGGUGCAUUUGUAUACGACCCAUUCGUUUCACGCAAGCGCGGGGGCGGCCUUACCAUGAAGACGCUUGAAGGCGUUUUGGGCAUUGACGACAGUGAAUCAGACCAUGCACAAGCGGCCAUCUCAACGCGGUGCGCUGAGCUCGACCAGGAAAUGACGCUUCUUCUGGGCGUCUCGCGCGCGAUUCUCGAACAUGUUCUAUUCUGCCAUCAGGAAGAGUCAAACUGGCCACUUGCAGAGCCUUUUGUGCUCAAGAAACGCUUUGAUGAAAUUUUCGAGGUGACUCGCUACACCAAGGCGCUCGAUUCGCUCCGCGCGUUGCGCAAGCAGCGCAUUCAGGACAGCCGGGUGGACGAGGCGGAACUGCGCGGUUUGCAACAGGAAAAAGAACGUGCGGAGAGUGCACGGCAAAAAAUACGGUCGUUGCACGCCUCGCUCGAGCACCAUACAGCCGACCUGACUGUACUGGAACAGGAUCUGGCAAAAAAAACGGUCGAGAACAAGGCACUUUACGAUGCAGGCAUCCAGUUCCGGGAAAUUAUCGGGAAAGCCGAGUCGCUUGAGGAACGGCACCGACUUUACUGCGAAAAACGCGACGAAAUUGCGACGCACACGUCCCUGCUCCAAGGCACAGAUGACGCCAUCCGAAACGAGCUGGAGGCGUUUGCCGAUACCCUUUCCCAGCAGCGCGCAGAGCACACAGAAAUCACUGCCCAGCUCGGAGCAUGCAAAGAGACGCGCGAUAACGAGCAGCACAAGCACGAGAUGCUGAUCCGCGAGCAUGGCGAGGUGCUAGCAGCACACAAGGCGCUCAAGCGCACAAUACAGAGCAGCAUGUCUUCUCUUUACACGAUCGCAGCUCACCAUGGAAUCAAUGUGCCCGAAGAAGUGGCCUCGUUGGAUGCUUUUCGCACGCUCCACGCGUCUCUCCAGACCCAGCUCUCGGCACAGCACCGCACAGAAGAAGCGCGGCUGCGACGUGAAGAGCACAGUGCGCAGGAGCGCGAAGCGGUGCUCGAACAGGAAUGGCAACAGGCGCGCACAAUGCUGCAGGAGAAGCAGGCACAGUGUGCACACCAAGAAGAAACAGUGGCCUGUCUUGACCAACGCAUCAGCGCCACAGAGCAGGAGCUUGCGCAGGCGCAAGCCACCAGCUUAGAAGAGCGCGACAUUUCCGAGGCCGAAGACAAGGUCGCGUCGCUUUCAGCCCAGCUCGACGCACCUGACUUUGCUGCGCAACGCGCCGAAACUGCCGCUGCACUCACCGCUGCAGAGACUCGGCGCGAAGCGCUUGCCAAGGAAAUGAGCGUGUCGCACCAAACGAUCGAGCAGCGGACGCUGCUUGCGAGUAGAGAGGAUACGUUGCAGCGCGAUAGAAAAGCGCUGCACGACAGGAUGGCAACGCUCGAGACUGAGGCACAGUCCUUGCUGGGCGAGACGCCGGAUGCAGCGACCUUUUUUACCGUGGCCGCCGACGCGCUUGCCACAUGUGCACAGGCGCUGCAAAGUGCCGCGGCGCGGCAGCAGAAAAAGCAGCAAGCAGUGGACAGGCUGCAGUCUGUGCUUGAGCUCGACACGACGCAGGCCAAGAGUAAAGAAGCACAAUGCUCCAUACUCGCAAACGAGCUUGCAUCCCUGCUCAAUGGCGAGUUUAACACAAUCGAUGUGGCGCUCGACGUAGCUACAGAGGAGGUAUCGGUACUAAAGGACUCGAUGGCGAUGGUCGAGCGUGGCGCUGAAUUCUUCCAGAAAAUCCUUGUGCAUGGCAAGGAGAAACAUGUCUGCUUGGGCUGCAACCGUGGCAUUGCGCUCGGGGAAAUACCGGCAUUUACAGCUCAUGUACAGGCCUCGCUAGCACGGAGUAACCCAGAACGUCUCGCUGAGCUGCGCACAGACUUGGAAAAUUGGACCGCGCAGCUCAACGCGUUCGAAACAGGACGCGCCAAGGCACAAGAGCGUACAUUCUUGCUUCGUGAGCUGUCCACGCUGCAUACACACCAAACUGAAUGCCGCACAGCGCUUGAAGACGCGCAUACAGCGCUUGAAGAUGCGAGCCAUACGGCCAAUACGCUGCGUACGCGCCAUGCGCGCCUCCAAACGCUUACUCAAGGCGCCGAGGCCGUCGAGUCGCUCUAUAUGCGCUGUCAAGCAUUGCAGCGCAGCGUAGACAACACGCGUGCUGAUCUCCGAGUAACGGGCGACAUUCCUCAAGCUGGCGAUGCGCGCAAAGAACUCGAUUUGCUUAGCGUGACGAUCCAGCAGCACCGCGCGAUGAACGAACGUCUCAAUGCUCAGCGCGAGACGCUGCGCGAACAGCUGAGCAGCAAGCUGCAUACGCUGCACACGCUGCAAAAAGCAGUCGCGGACGCACACCGACAAGACAUGGCGUACGAAGCGGCAAAACAGCGCCUGGCCGAGCUAGCCGCGGACUGCGCAAAAGCGCGGGAAAAAAGCGAGCGUUUGCAGAGCGAAAUAGACGCACAGGCAGCGCCAAUUGCGGCGACACGCGAAGCGCUGCAUACUUUCCGCGCCGAGCAGCGCAAAACGGCAAGCGAUGCAUCGGAAGCGAGCCGCGCACAGGCGCAGGCGCUGGUGCGGAUGGACGAUAUUGCAGCGUCGGUAGAUUCGGCCGCGGCGGACCUUCCCAAAACGCGACUGGAGGCGUGCAAUGCGAUGCUCCAAGAGAGUGCCCAGCGCCUGCACACUGUGCGUGCGUCUGUAGACGCCAUGGAAGAAAAGGCACACGCACUGGCCCUCACACUGCAAGAGGCGCAGGCGCACGAAGCGACACUAAGUGCGAAUUUGCGGUACCGCGAAGCGAUGCGUGACAUUGCCGUUGUAGAAGCGCAGCUUUCCGCGUUGGAUCUAGACACGGCGCACCAGCGCCAUGCAACUUUUGCAGAGCACUACGAUGCUGCGCGCAAGGCAGAGAACGACAUGAGCGGCAAAGCCGCACAUUUGCGCGGAGAGCUGCGCGGCAUCGAGGCCCAGAUCAAGGAGCGCGAGGACGAGCUGCGCUCAGAAUACCGCGACGUGGAUGUGCGAUACAUGCGCCAAUUGAUCCGCCUCAAGGUGGGCAGCAUGGCAAACCGCGAUUUGGAAACGUAUUCCGGCGCGCUGCACCAGGCAAUUCAGCAGUACCACGCAAUUAAAAUGGAAGAGGUGAACCAGACGCUUGAUUACCUAUGGAAGAAGACGUACCAGGGCGCGGAUAUUGAUACCAUCUUGAUUCGCUCUGAUGUGGAAGGCAAAGUCAAUGCGAGCGGUGUCCGUUCGUACCAAUACCGUGUCGUGAUGGUCAAGGAUGGAGCUGAGCUUGAUAUGCGUGGCCGGUGCAGCGCUGGCCAAAAGGUCCUUGCGUGCAUCCUGAUCCGACUUGCGCUCGCCGAUUCGUUUGGCACGAAUACGGGUUUCCUCGCGCUGGACGAGCCCACGACGAACCUCGAUAGGGAGAAUGUCGAGGCGCUUGCAGCAAGUCUUGUCGACCUUAUCGCCGAGCGCCAGCACCAACAUAAUUUCCAGCUGGUCGUGAUUACCCACGACGAAGAUUUUCUCUCGCGCUUAUCGCACUCCGACGCACUGACUCAGUACUGGCGCGUGAGUAGGAACGAGCAUCUGAACUCGGUGAUAGAGCGCGAGUAUGUACGGAACAUGUAG